AAAGUAAAAGUUGGAAAAGGAACAAACUUUAAACAUGAGUGGGGUGGGUUUGAUACUUUGAUUGAUAAAAACAAAGGAAGGAGUUUGGUUUGGGGUUUUUCCAUUCUCAGCAUAUUCUUUCUCUACACGUCUCAAUUUCUAUACUCUUCAAAGCAUCUUAUCAAAGAUCCUUCAAACCUUUUUCUCUCUCACUGUUCCUUCUUCUAUAACUAUUACAGAUCCUUCAAACCGAAGAUCCCAUGAAUCACUCUUCGCCCUAACGCUUUCAUCUUUCACUCUUCUCAUUUUUGGCGCCAAAUUCAUCAUGAAACUCGACAACUCUAACUCCAAUUCCAACGGCCAGGUGUCCUUACCCGCCGCCGCCGACGUUUCACCGCCGCGUAACUCCGACGACGCCGAUGAAGCAUUUGUGCCGCCGCUGAACUUCGCUAUGGUUGACAACGGUAUUUUCAGGUCCGGUUUUCCUGAUUCUGCCAACUUCGGAUUCAUGAAAUCGCUUCGUCUUCGUUCUGUAAUAUGUUUGUGCCCUGAACCCUAUCCAGAAGCAACUGCGGAAUUUUUGAAUGCUAACGGAAUUAGGCUUUAUCAAUUCGGUAUCGAUGGCUGCAAGGAACCCUUUGUCAACAUCCCAAAUGAUAAGAUUCGUGAAGCUUUGAAAGUAGUGCUCGAUGUUAGGAACCACCCCGUGCUGAUUCAUUGUAAACGAGGAAAGCACCGCACUGGUUGUCUUGUGGGAUGCAUACGAAGAUUGCAGAGAUGGUGUCUAUCAUCUAUUUUUGAUGAGUAUCAAAGGUUUGCAGGUGCCAAAGCCAGAGUGUCGGACCAGAGGUUCAUCGAAUUGUUUGAUAUUUCCAGUUUGAAGCACAACCCACUGAUAUUUUCAUGCUCAAGGAAAUAGGAAUUGAAAUAAUGGGUGCAAUUUAGAAAGCUAGUGCUUCCUCCCAUGGAAUAUCUAUGAUAAAGAGAAGUAUAAUGACCUAGUAUUUAAUCUUUUUUCACUGAAAAUUAGUGCAGGAUGAGUAGGAUUUUUAUUGAUGUUCUGCUUUGUAACUUUUUUUUUUGUAUUUUGUUUCCUGGUUCAAUGUUGGAUGCCCAAUAUACUAAUUUAACUCAGACGUGGAUUGAAUAAUGGUGACUGCUUUGUUUUUUUUGUAUCCAAUGAAAGCUGAUAAAAAGCUCAGCAGCGCUACUUCUGCAGUUAUUUCCUGGACAGUUACUAUGUGGCAGCAUCUAAGGUGAAGUUUGCAAUUAGUGUGUUCUUUUAGAGAA